AUGUCCUACUCGCAUAACCACCACUCGCGCGGAAGCGCCGACUACUACCCCUCCAGCGGUCAGCAGCCGCGUAGCUCCCUGCACGACCCGUACUCCGGUACCGGCGGGCAUCUGCCCUAUGAUGACGAUGCCGAGAUGGGUGCCUCGCAUUACGACCGCGAGCGCCAGGACCUCGAGCACCCGCCCCACCACCAUCACCACCACCACCAGCAGGAUGGCACGUAUUACUCGGCCGAGAAGUCUCUUCUCGGUGGCGGCGAGGCUGCUCCCUCGGGCCCGGCUGGAGGCCCGGCCAACCCUGACAUUGAGCCCGAGGCCAAGGGCCAUCUGACCUUCCCUCUGCUGGUGUCUGUUUUCAUUGCUGUGAUUGGUGCCUUUAGCAACGGCUUCCACACCUCCGUCCUCAACACCUCGGGUGGUACCUUCCGCCAUUGUGACCUGCUUGAUGCGUCAAGCGCCGCCUCCAGUGUGGCCUCCAGUGCUGCCUCCAGUGUGGCCUCCAGCCUGGCCAGCUCCGCCGGUUUCGGCACCCUCGGCGAGAUCCGAAUCAUUUUGCCAGAUUGCUUCUACAUGACCGAUGGCAUUUGGGGCACGAUCAUCGGCAUCUUUUCGAUUGGUGGUCUGCUUGGCAGUCUCACGGCGGGUUACCUGUCCGACAAGUUCGGUCGCCGCCGCAUGAUGCUUUACAACACCGCCAUCUCGGCCAUCGGCACGGCCCUCAUGGCCAUCUCCUUCAAUGAGCUGAUGUUCGGCUUCGGGCGCUUCUUCGCCGGUUUCGGUGCCGGUGUCACCAUCGUCGUGGUCCCCACUUACAUUGGUGAGAUGGCCCCGGUCCACCUCCGUGGUACUCUUGGUGUGAUGAACCAGCUGUCCAUCACUUUCGGCAUUCUCUUCGCCAACACCCUGUCCCUGUUCAUGUCCACCCCGGAGCUCUGGCGGUGGCUCAUCUCCUUCGGCAUCUACAUCCCCAUCAUCCAGGCCAUGCUGCUGCCCUUCGCCCACGAGUCUCCCAAGUGGCUGUACAUGAAGAAGCGCUUCCACGAGUCGCGCGAGACCAUGUCCCUCAUCCGUGGCAUUCCCCUGUCCAACGAUGAGGACCCCACUGCCAUGCUCUCUGACGGCGACCUCAACGACCUGGAUCCGGACUCCCUGCCCUCCGAGCGCCCGGGCAAGGCCGCCCCCCGGCGCCGCAUCACGGUCUUCGAGAUUGCCAACGACAAGACCCUGUUCUUCCCGCUGCUUGUGACCGUUGUCCUGCUGGUGGCCCAGCAGUUCUCCGGCAUCAACGCCAUCUUCUUCUACUCGACCGGCAUCUUCUCCGACGCCUUCCCCAACAAGGCCGGCCACAUUACCGUCGCCGUGUCGGCCUUCAAUGUUUUCAUGACGAUCUUCGCCUCGUCGGUCAUCGAUCGCCUGGGCCGGCGUUUCCUGCUCCUGGUGUGCCAUAUCGGCAUGAUCGUCAUGGGUGUCAUCUUCACCGCGGCCUAUGUCAGCAAUGUCGACUGGCUGGAGGUCCUGUCGGUCUUCCUGUUUGUGGCCUUCUUUGCCGUGUCUCUCGGCCCGAUCCCGGUUAUCCUUCUGUCGGAGGUCUUCCCCACGCAUGCCCUGUCGGCCGCCUCCUCGGUGGCUCUGGCCUUCAACUGGAUCUCCACCUACACCAUUGCCCAGACUUUCCCCCUGGUGUCGGGUGCCAUCUCGGGCUACGCCUUCCUGCCCUUCGUCGUGGCCUUGGUCCUGUCUCUGAUCUUCACUUGGCGCUUUGUGCCCGAGACUCGUGGCCGCCCGGUCAAUGUCAACCACGCCGCCCUGCAGUCCGCCUCGUCGGCCUGGGCCGCCAUUCAGGAGGGCAGCAAGUAGGACAUCUUCGGCUGCUCUGGCACGCGCCUCUCCAGCCAUGCGCCAUCAUUGGUGCGCCUGCGCGCCUGUUUGCGCGCACACGCACGCGCGCAUGCCCACUUCCCCCUUUCCCCGCUUCUUCAAAUACACUACAAAUACUCCAGA